AUGUUUCAAGCCUUGGUUCGGCAAGCGUAUCACCCCCUGCCCAGCCACCAGCCGGGGGAACCCGACGCCAAGUACAAGGGGAAGCUGGUGCAUGAAACUCAGCUGAACUGCUUCUACAUCAAACCUGGAGGUUCCAACUAUGGGAGUCCCCGUCCAGCUCAUGCCAACAUGAAUGCCAAUGCAGCUGCAGGGCUUGCCCCAGAGCACAUCCCCACUCCGGGGGCAGCUCUGUCCUGGCAGGCUGCCAUCGAUGCUGCCAGGCAAGCCAAGCUGAUGGGCAGCGCUGGCAACGCCACGAUAUCCACGGCCAGCUCCACGCAGAGGAAGCGGCAGCAGUAUGGCAAGCAGAAGAAGCAGGGCAGCACCACAGCCACCCGUCCUCCCCGGGCGCUGCUGUGCCUCACGCUGAAGAAUCCCAUCCGGAGGGCGUGCAUCAGCAUCGUCGAAUGGAAAUCAUUUGAAAUAAUUAUUUUACUGACUAUUUUUGCCAAUUGUGUGGCCUUAGCUAUCUAUAUCCCCUUUCCAGAAGAUGAUUCCAAUGCCACCAAUUCCAAUCUGGAACGAGUGGAAUAUCUCUUUCUCAUAAUUUUUACAGUGGAAGCAUUUUUAAAAGUAAUAGCAUACGGACUUCUCUUUCACCCCAACGCUUACCUCCGCAAUGGCUGGAAUUUACUAGAUUUUAUAAUUGUGGUAGUAGGGCUUUUUAGUGCAAUUUUAGAACAAGCAACCAAAGCAGAUGGAGGGAAUUCAAUAGGAGGAAAAGGUGCCGGAUUCGAUGUUAAAGCACUGCGGGCUUUCCGAGUAUUACGUCCACUACGGCUGGUGUCUGGAGUUCCUAGUCUCCAGGUGGUUUUAAAUUCAAUUAUCAAGGCCAUGGUCCCUUUGUUGCAUAUUGCCCUGCUGGUGCUGUUUGUCAUUAUUAUCUAUGCCAUCAUUGGACUGGAGUUAUUCAUGGGGAAGAUGCAUAAGACCUGCUACCAUGUGCAAGGGGGACUCAUAGAUACACCUGCAGAAGAUGACCCGUCUCCGUGUGCCCCCCAGUCUGCCCACGGGCGGCAGUGUCAGAACGGCACCGAGUGCAAGGCGGGCUGGGAGGGACCUAAGCAUGGCAUUACCAACUUUGACAAUUUUGCUUUUGCCAUGCUCACGGUGUUUCAGUGCAUCACCAUGGAGGGCUGGACAGAUGUGCUCUACUGGGUCAAUGAUGCCAUAGGAAGGGACUGGCCCUGGAUCUAUUUUGUUACACUAAUCAUCAUAGGGUCAUUUUUUGUACUUAACUUGGUUCUCGGUGUACUUAGCGGGGAGUUUUCCAAAGAAAGAGAAAAGGCUAAGGCUCGAGGCGAUUUCCAGAAGCUACGGGAAAAGCAGCAGCUAGAGGAGGAUCUGAAGGGAUACUUAGACUGGAUAACUCAAGCAGAAGAUAUUGAUCCAGAAAAUGAAGAUGAAGGCAUGGAUGAGGAGAAGCCUCGAAACAUGAGCAUGCCCACCAGCGAGACCGAGUCCGUGAACACCGACAACGUCCCCGGAGCGGACAUGGAAGGCGAGAACUGCGGCGCAAGGCUGGCGCAUCGGAUCUCAAAAUCAAAAUUUAGUCGCUACUGGCGCCGAUGGAAUCGAUUCUGCAGAAGGAAGUGCCGUGCUGCUGUGAAGUCCAAUGUUUUCUAUUGGCUGGUGAUCUUCCUCGUCUUUCUCAACACCCUCACCAUUGCCUCUGAGCACUACAACCAGCCAGACUGGCUCACGGAGGUCCAAGACACUGCCAACAAGGUGCUGCUAGCUCUUUUCACGGCAGAGAUGCUGCUGAAGAUGUACAGCCUUGGUCUCCAGGCCUACUUUGUGUCCCUGUUCAACCGCUUUGACUGUUUCAUUGUGUGUGGAGGCAUCCUGGAAACCAUCCUGGUGGAGACAAAGAUCAUGUCACCACUGGGCAUUUCCGUUUUGAGAUGUGUGAGGCUCCUAAGAAUAUUUAAAAUCACAAGAUAUUGGAACUCCCUGAGUAACCUUGUGGCUUCACUCCUGAAUUCAGUCCGCUCCAUUGCUUCCCUGUUGCUGCUUCUCUUCCUCUUCAUCAUCAUCUUCUCACUCCUGGGCAUGCAGCUCUUUGGGGGCAAGUUUAACUUUGAUGAGAUGCAGACCAGGAGGAGUACAUUCGACAACUUCCCUCAGUCCCUCCUGACUGUGUUUCAGAUCCUGACUGGGGAGGACUGGAAUUCGGUGAUGUAUGAUGGGAUCAUGGCUUAUGGCGGCCCCUCUUUUCCAGGAAUGUUGGUCUGUAUUUACUUCAUCAUCCUCUUCAUCUGUGGAAACUAUAUCCUGCUGAAUGUAUUUUUGGCCAUUGCUGUGGACAACCUUGCUGAUGCUGAGAGUUUAACAUCUGCACAGAAAGAGGAGGAAGAGGAAAAAGAAAGGAAAAAGCUAGCUAGGACCGCUAGUCCUGAAAAGAAACAGGAGAUGGAAAAAACAGCUGUGGAGGAAGAGACAAAGGAGGAGAAAAUUGAGCUGAAAUCAAUCACUGCUGAUGGAGAGUCCCCACCUGCUACCAAGAUCAACGUGGAUGAUUAUCAGCCCAAUGAAAAUGAAGAAAAGAGCCCUUAUCCCACAACAGAAGCACCAGCAGAGGAAGAUGAGGAAGAACCUGAGAUGCCUGUCGGCCCUCGACCUCGCCCGAUGUCUGAGCUGCACCUCAAGGAAAAGGCUGUGCCCAUGCCUGAUGCCAGUGCUUUUUUCAUCUUCAGUCCUAACAACAGGUUUCGUGUCCACUGCCAUCGAAUCGUUAAUGAUAACAUUUUCACCAACCUGAUCCUAUUUUUCAUCUUGCUCAGCAGCAUCUCCCUGGCAGCUGAGGACCCCGUGCGACACCUCUCCUUUAGGAACCAAAUUCUCUUUUAUUUUGAUAUAGUUUUUACUGUCAUUUUCACCAUUGAAAUUGCUCUGAAGAUCCUAGGCAAUGCAGACUAUGUCUUCACUAGUAUCUUUACAUUAGAAAUUAUUCUUAAGAUGACUGCCUACGGGGCUUUCCUCCACAAGGGCUCCUUCUGCAGGAACUAUUUCAACAUCUUAGACCUGCUGGUGGUCAGCGUUUCGCUCAUCUCCUUUGGCAUCCAGUCCAGUGCCAUUAAUGUGGUGAAGAUCCUGCGUGUUCUGCGGGUCCUUAGACCACUGAGGGCCAUCAACAGAGCCAAAGGACUAAAGCACGUGGUCCAGUGUGUGUUUGUCGCCAUCCGAACCAUCGGGAACAUUGUGAUUGUCACCACUUUGCUGCAGUUCAUGUUUGCCUGCAUUGGAGUUCAGCUGUUUAAGGGCAAGCUGUACAGCUGCACUGACAGCUCCAAGCAGACGGAAGCAGAGUGCAGAGGGUACUACAUCACCUACAAGGAUGGGGAGGUCAGCCAGCCCAUGAUCCAGCCCCGCAGCUGGGAGAACAGCAAGUUCGACUUCGACAACGUCCUCACUGCCAUGAUGGCCCUCUUCACCGUCUCCACCUUUGAGGGCUGGCCAGAGUUGCUGUAUAGGUCCAUUGAUUCCCACAUGGAGGAUGUGGGACCCAUCUAUAAUCACAGGGUUGAGAUCUCCAUCUUCUUUAUUAUCUACAUCAUCAUCAUUGCUUUCUUCAUGAUGAACAUCUUCGUUGGUUUCGUCAUCGUCACAUUUCAGGAACAAGGAGAACAAGAGUACAAGAACUGUGAGCUGGACAAAAACCAGCGCCAGUGUGUAGAGUAUGCCCUGAAAGCCCGGCCUCUGCGGAGAUACAUCCCUAAAAACCAGUACCAGUACAAAGUUUGGUAUGUGGUCAACUCCACCUAUUUUGAAUACCUGAUGUUCGUUCUGAUCCUGCUGAACACCAUCUGCCUGGCCAUGCAACACUAUGGUCAGAGCUGCAUGUUCAAGGAAGCCAUGAAUAUCCUCAACAUGCUCUUCACUGGCCUCUUCACUGUGGAGAUGGUCCUGAAAUUAAUCGCCUUCAAACCCAAGGGUUACUUUAGUGAUCCUUGGAAUGUUUUUGACUUCCUCAUCGUAAUUGGCAGCAUUAUAGACGUCAUUCUCAGUGAAACUAAUCACUAUUUCUGUGAUGCAUGGAAUACAUUUGACGCCUUGAUUGUUGUGGGUAGCAUUGUUGAUAUAGCAAUCACCGAGGUGAACCCAGCUGAACAUACCCAAUGCUCUUCCUCUAUGAAUGCAGAGGAAAACUCUCGCAUCUCAAUCACCUUCUUCCGACUCUUCCGCGUGAUGCGUCUCGUGAAGCUCCUGAGCCGAGGGGAGGGCAUCCGGACACUCCUUUGGACCUUCAUCAAGUCCUUCCAGGCUCUCCCCUAUGUGGCUCUUUUAAUAGUGAUGUUGUUCUUCAUCUACGCUGUGAUUGGGAUGCAGGUGUUUGGUAAAAUUGCGCUGAACGAUACCACAGAAAUCAACCGCAACAAUAACUUCCAGACCUUCCCCCAGGCAGUGCUGCUGCUUUUCAGGUGUGCCACAGGUGAGGCCUGGCAGGAAAUCAUGCUGGCUUGUCUCCCGGACAAGAAGUGCGACCCGGAGUCGGAGCCGGCCAACUCCACGGAAGCCGAUCACUCGUGUGGCAGCAGCUUCGCCGUCUUCUAUUUCAUCAGCUUCUACAUGCUCUGUGCCUUCCUGAUCAUCAAUCUUUUUGUAGCUGUUAUAAUGGAUAACUUCGAUUACCUGACACGGGACUGGUCCAUUUUAGGACCACACCACCUGGAUGAGUUUAAAAGGAUCUGGGCAGAGUAUGACCCUGAAGCAAAGGGACGGAUCAAACACUUGGAUGUGGUGACCCUGCUCCGGCGGAUCCAGCCCCCGCUGGGCUUUGGGAAGCUCUGCCCUCACCGGGUGGCUUGCAAACGCCUUGUGUCCAUGAAUAUGCCACUGAACAGCGAUGGGACCGUCAUGUUCAAUGCCACUCUCUUUGCACUGGUCAGAACAGCACUGAGGAUCAAGACAGAAGGUAACCUGGAGCAAGCCAACGAAGAGCUGAGAGCAAUAAUUAAGAAAAUCUGGAAGCGCACCAGUAUGAAGCUGCUGGACCAGGUGGUGCCUCCUGCAGGUGAUGACGAGGUGACCGUGGGGAAGUUCUACGCCACUUUCCUGAUCCAGGAGUAUUUCCGGAAGUUCAAGAAGCGUAAAGAGCAGGGGCUGGUGGGGAAGCCCUCGCAGCGCAACGCGCUGUCCUUACAGGCUGGUCUGCGCACACUCCACGACAUUGGGCCCGAGAUCCGGCGAGCAAUUUCUGGAGACCUGACAGCUGAAGAAGAGCUGGACAAGGCCAUGAAAGAAGCUGUUUCUGCUGCCUCUGAAGAUGAUAUCUUCCGGAGAGCUGGAGGCUUGUUUGGAAACCACGUGAGCUAUUACCAAAGUGACGGCAGGAGUGGGUUCCCCCAGACGUUCACCACCCAGAGACCUUUGCACAUCAACAAGUCUGGCAACAACCACGGAGAUACCGAGUCUCCAUCUCACGAGAAGCUGGUGGACUCCACCUUCACUCCCAGCAGCUACUCAUCUUCAGGCUCCAACGCCAACAUCAACAAUGCCAACAACACUGCCCUGUGUCGCUUCCCCAGCCCACCCAGCUACCCCAGCACUGUCAGCACGGUGGAAGGCCAUGGGACCCCCUUGUCACCCACCAUAUGCGUGCAGGAGGCUCCCUGGAAACUCCCAUCCAAAAGCUCCAGUUCCAGAGACAGCCAGCUGGCAAUUGUUUGCCAAGAGGAAGUGUCUCAGGAUGAGACUUACGAUGAAAAUUUGAAUGAAGACAUUGAGUACUGUAGUGAACCAAGUCUGCUCUCUACCGAAAUGCUUGCAUACCAAGAUGAUGAAAACAGACAACUCACUCCACCAGAACACAACAAAGGAGAGGACACCCGGCACUCUCCGAAGAAGGGGUUCCUGUGCUCCUCAGCUCUAGGUCGAAGAGCAUCUUUUCACUUAGAGUGUUUGAAAAGACAGAAAAACCAGGGUGUGGACGUCUCACAGAAGACAGUCCUGCCUUUGCAUCUGGUCCAUCAUCAGGCAUUAGCAGUGGCCGGCCUGAGUCCCCUGCUCCAGCGAAGCCAUUCCCCCACCAUGUUCUCUCGGCUGUGUGCUACGCCCCCGGCCACGCCGUGCAACCGGGGCUGGCCGCAACAGAACAUCCCAACGCUGCGCCUCGACGGGGCCGAGUCCUCGGAGAAGCUCAACAGCAGCUUGCCGUCGGUGCACUGCGGCUCCCGGUACCCGGAGAGCGGCGGCAGCCCCAGGAGAGCCCGGCCGGUGUCCCUGACCGUGCCCAGCCCGACCGCAGGGAGCAGCCGGCAGUUCCACGGCAGCGCCAGCAGCCUGGUGGAAGCGGUCUUGAUUUCGGAAGGACUGAUGCAGUUUGCUCAAGAUCCAAAGUUCAUUGAGGUCACAACCCAGGAGCUCGCAGACGCCUGCGACAUGACGAUAGAAGAGAUGGAAAAUGCAGCAGACAACAUUCUCAAUGGUAACAGCAAGCAGAGCCCCAAUGGCAACCUCUUGCCUUUUGCUAACUGCAGGGACCCAGGGCAGGACAGUGCAGGAGAGGAAGAGGAAGAGGUGCAGAACCCGGAUUGUAGGAUAAGUCAGGAGGAGCUCAAGGACAGCAGGAUUUAUAUCAGCAGCCUGUAGUUGCCAGGGCUGGAAGCGAUGCUGGUUUUUUAUUUGUUUCAAUGUUCCUAAUGGGUUUGUUUCAGAAGUGCCUCACUGUUCUCGUGACCUGGAGUAACCGGAACAGCGUUCUUCAUUCAUUUCUGUUGGGACGAGUCGCAGAGUUGGGUGGUGUAAGAAAGCUUUUCAGGAGCGGAUAUAACCCCAGCACGUGUCCAUGAAGGAAGAGUGAGGAGGAGGAGAAGAAGAGGAGGAGAGCCAGCUCCCUCUUUUUUUCAGUCCCUGCACAAGGAACGACAGCUGCCUCCGGAGCACGAAGGGGAACCUCAGCUUCCUGUGGAUCGCCCUAGCCAAAAGGACCCUGCGCCAAACGGGUGUCUUUCAACCUUGCUUGUAAAAAUCAUUUUGCACAUAUUCUGUAUGAGCCUCACCGUCUCCAUAAAGCCAAGGCCCUUUGCUUCGGAAGGAGAGGAAGACUUCUGCUGUGGAUUCCCACACGGCCACGGGGAGGAGGAAGCAGGAGAAGCCCGAGGCGCGGCCCAGCCCUGCCCAGACUCCGGCAGCGGCCCCUGCCGGCCAAUCAGAGCUCGGGCGGUCACUCGCCAGCCAAUCAGAGUUUAGGCUGUGUCCUGCCGGCCAAUCAGAGCUAGCACGCCAACUGUGCCAGCCAAUGGGAGAGCAGGCAUGGCGGGGCUGAGAGGCCGCCAGGCCUGCGCAGAGUUCUUCUUGUUUCGCAGUUUGGUAUUUUCUUGAAAGCAUGUUGCAGUUUUUAUUUUGACUAUUUUAUUAUUAUUAUUAUUAUUAUUAUUUUGAGGGAGAAGGGAGUGUUUACAGCGUUUUGUAAUCACCUACCUUUUUUGUUUUGGUUUAUUUUCACCUUUGCAGAUGUUAAAUUGGUUUGAUCAUGUUGUAUUAUUUAAACUGGGGUUGGGGUGGUUUCUCCAUUGGAAUUUGGUGGAAGUAUAACGAUAGAUGAGUUUUACCAACCAUUAUGUACACCGAGGAUUUGUAAUUUUAUUUACUAGCAACUGAAACCUUUUGUUGUUGUUGUUUUAUAAUUUAAAGAUAGUAGGCAAUGCACUUGAUAUAGUCUUGCACAUUUGAGUGAUUGAUUUGGGUUCUUUUUAGUGCUCAGUGUAUCUGUGAGUGUGGGAGCAAUAGGAGCGAGUGCGUGUGCGUGCGUGUGUGUGUGUAAGAGCAGUUCUCCACGUCCUGGUUUGAGCUGCUGGGUUUGGUGAGAUCUGUAUCUGGGGCCAUUCGAAUGCAAAAACAAACCACUGUCUCUGCUUUCGAAAAGGGAAUCAGUAACUUUGCAUUUUCUGUUCCACAAGAUAUGCAAAAACAAUGCAAUAAUAUUAAUUUUAAAAUAAAAUUGUAAGUUGUGUCGGCAUUAAAACUGUAUAGAAAAAAAAAAAUUUACGGGGGUGGGGGGAAACAAAAAAAAGAAAAACAAACCAGAAGACGUUACGCUUCGAUAUAUUCCGUGUGAUGUUUUAUUGCAUUGAUAAUGUUUCUGUUGAAGAAACCGUUAUACUUGAAUUCAGGUCAGUUUCAGUAUUUUUCAAAUAUUUUUUUAAAAUGAAUUGCAAUUGUGCCAAGCAAAGAUAAUGAAUUGAAUUAAGUUUGUUUAAAAAAAAAAAGAAAAAAAAAGAAUCACUUCUUGUAUAUUUUGCUGCAUGUCAAGUGAGUCAUUUCGUAUUUGGAAUGUGCCAAGCUUUACCUUUGAACUUUUAAGUGCUUUUUUACGUGUGGUUGGGGAAAGGGUACUACUUUAUUUUAUUUUUUCCUUUUUUAAUUUGUACGAUGAACAAAGUGUACCUGGUGUAAGUAACUAUUCUGCAAUCCACUGACAGGUUGAACGUUACUGAUUUUGCAUAUCUUGUGUUCAUUUUCCUUCUUCCUCACUCCCUUUUAACGUGCACGAUGACUUUAUCGGUAGAGAAUCUUUCUUCCCAAGACUGGGACAUUUUAUUCAGGCUUUGUUUUCUUUCCUUUUGCUCAGCUCCUCUAAAGGUCUUGUCCCACUCAAGGGUGGCAAGACCCCCAAAGCCCAUUUGGCAGAUCCAUCCUACAUGUUCAGCUGGCACCAGCAAUUUAAGGAGCAGGGCGUAAAAAAAUCUGGCUUCAAAAUUAUUUUAUUAAAUAGCUGAACCCUGAUCAAUUUUAGCAGGAUCCUGGGAUAAGAAAUGCAAGAAUCAGAACAGUUGGCAAAGUAAAAUUAUCUAACCCUGGGCUGGGCUAAAAGCAGAGGGAGAGGGAGAGAGUUGUGGAUCUUUAUUAGUGGAAUUGCUGCAGGCUGGUCAAGAUGCAGGUGCCAAGUGACUUUUUGGUGUUCCCAUGCAUGGUCUCAAUCCUCUUCCCAGACUUUGGUGGGUGGUACUAAGUCACAAAACAUCUGGCAGCACAGCAUGUCCCAGGCACAAUUCCUGACUAGUAAGUGUGAAACUCUCUCACACUGAAGGUUGGCCCUAACCCUGAGAGAGGCUGAAAAAACAGGCAGGUAUUGUUAGAUUUUAUGCAACUGUUUUUUGUCUAGACUACUGCUGGUUUUUUUUUUUCCCUCCUCAGGAUGAUUCACAAACUUGCAGAUCAGUUCUGAGGUGUGAUCUGACUCAGAGCUAAACUUUGAUCCAAAUCUUGAGGUUCUGCAGAUGCCUGAGAACACCCUUCACUUCAUACAUUGAUCACGUUAUUUUUGUGACACUCUUGUUUUUCUGCUCGAUUCUCUGGGGCGUAAAGGAGAAAUAGCAAAGGGUAUUUUUGUCUGUACUUUUUGAACUGGCCAGUAUCGGCUCAAGAUACCUUGAAAAAAACCCAAAUACUAGAGAAAUACGAAUCCAUUUGUACAAGCAUCUGUCAUCAAAGUCAUAAUUCAAGGCUGUCCUGGAGAAAGUAACCAGCUGGUGUGGGUCAGUCUCAUCCUUUCAUCCCUGGUGCCUGUACGGAGAUGGGCACACAUGUGUGUCUCCCUGUGAGUUUGCUGCUGCUGAUGUGCUCCAAAGGGACUUUGAAAGGGAAGAAUGCCCGUGCCUGCCUGUUCCUGAAAAUGCCAUGUAAGGGCUCCCUAACUCAUCUUCUUUCACUGCAAAAUCCAUCUGACCCUCCCAAUGGAAAACAGGGGUUCUUCACUCCUGGGAAACAGCGCUUACCUAAAUUAGUGACAACGAGCGCUUUGGAUGCUUGACAGCCCAUCUUUUAGGCUUUUUCUUGAUGGAAAGGAAAAUGACAGGAAGGAUAGCGCCCCAGCCAUUCUUGGUGAAAGAUGUUGCUCCCUCGGGGGUCAGAGCCUAUGGCCAGGGAAAACCCCAGUCUCUCCUGGAAGACCUCGUAGGUGCUGCAGAGUGGAAAAUGAACGGCUAGCAGAGAAUGCAAAUGAAUUCUGCAGUCUGAGGGGGAGGUUUUAAAUUUAGUAAUUGCUGGUGCCAGCUGUGCAAACUUCUCUUUCUGGGGAGGGUGGCUUUUUUUCCUUUUUUUUUCAUUUCAGGUACUUCCAAUGUGCACAUUGUGACAGGCCUGAGCAAAGAGCUGCUGCCUCCUGCGAGUGAGGCAGAGGCUGGGGGACAGUGGGAAGGAGGGGGCAGGUUUAGUUCCUGGAGCAUUUCCCUGUGUAUGGGAGUGGAUGGUGGGUACAAUCACUGUGCUGUGGAUGGAAGCUUUGAAGGAACCGAUGGCUGAGAAGUGGCGUGGAAGGAAAGAAUGGGGAAAAUGAUCUGCUGUUUGCCUCUGAGCAUCUCUGACUCGCGAGAGGACACUGCAGACUAAAGACGUUUCUUAUAAAACAACAAACCUCCUCCCUGUAUCACUCCUGCUCAUUAGUCCAGACAGUACUGGGUCAGCCACAUCGGGUGCAUUUCUUUUUUUCUUCCCUAUUUCUGUGUGGCUGACGUGAUGGGAAAGCAAGUGGAACUCAUGAUCCAGAGCUGGAGUUUCGUUGUCCACAGACCUUUUGUGCAUCAUCUGCCUCUUCAGCUGGACGUGUGGACGAUGAUGGUGUAGAUGCUGCUGCUACCGCAGGGGUCCCGCCUGUUUUCUUGCCCUGCCCACCACACCCCAGCACGGAGGGACAGCCAGAGAGGCGCCAUGUACAGAACCGCAUCUAUUUCUGCUUUGUUUUCUGACUCACAACCCUGCCCCAGUGACUACGACGACAACAACAACAAAAAAAAAAAAAAAGGGCAAAUGCAUUUUUUACAUUUCUUGAUAAUUUCCAAAGCAAUGUAUCAUUGCUUUCUUUAGACUGACGCCAAUAUAACAGAUGUAUGGGUCUCAGCCAGGCUCCUGUGUCUUUUCUGCCUGAGUUUCAGAUUGCUGUAUGAAAUGUAUGCGCGUUUGCACACAGACACAAGCAGACGAGGUGGCAGCACCCCGAGCCCGUGGGGUUGGUCACCUGUGUCACAGAUGGAGUUGCAGGCCUUGCUUUGUACAAGUAGAUGAGAAACCCCAACCCACUGGUCCAGGGAGCUGAAGUGAAGCAGCCCUACUGAGACAGAACUGAGUAUCCUGAGAUACAUCCAUGGUCCUGCUGUGACUGUCCCCACAGCAGGGGCACUGGCGGGGAGAGGAACACUGAAUGGGGAAUUUGGAGCACAACAAUAUUGAAGUAGAAUCCAGUCAGGGGUUUCUGGUAGCAGUGAGAUUUUAUCAGUUCUCAUAAUGAAAACUGUAGUGCAUGUAAAGAAAACAUUCCAGGCCAUCGGAAGCCUCAGUUCCCAUCUUGCUAACACGAGACUGGAGGGCAUUAGAGGCCAAGGAGGUUAUAUUGAUGCAAAGGAUGUGGAAAACAGAAUUGGGCCCUGAAAAAUUUAAUUACAUCUUUCCCCCAUCUAUUUUCUUCCUCAAAGGAGUCUAAGAAAUACAAUUCUCAAUAGCUGCACAGGGUUUCUUUUUUUCUUCUUUUGAAUGUUGUGAAACUUUAAAAGUUUUAUUCUGGGUGAGCAAGCCCAGGGAUCCAGAAAGUUUCCCAUGGGAUCUCAGUCCGUGGAGCUUUUAUCUCUGUUCCUGCUUUGUUUCUGGAAAGCUAAAACCACUCUGGCCUUGCUGCUACAGCUCCCUGAGGUUGGGUGGGUGAGGGCAGAAGCACAGCAGGAGAAAUGUCCUGUUCUGAAGACAGAUUGGGCUCCAAUUGCUUUCACAAAACUCAGUAGCAUGACACUGGAAUGGGAAAAAAAAAAAAAAAAAAAAAAACCCUUUUCUGAUACAAACAUUAGUGUUCUAGUUAAAUUCUCCGUUCUUCUCCUCUCCCUUACGGGGAACUUAACACUUGAGCAUAAAAACCAGGCCUUCUUUAGGGGCACAGGGCUCGACUCAGUUGCCUAAACGCGGGUGUCCGCUGUCAUUUGAGAUACCUACAGUAUCCUCUGCCAGGUCUGCCGCAGCUGCUGGGGAGAGGCACAGCUCUGGCCCACGCAGGGCUGGUGUCACAGCCCCCAGCCCCAGAGGACGGCAGAGAUCUCAGGUGGCAGGGGACAAUUAGGCAACUUAAUCAAGUCCCUUUCUAAAGGGCUAAUUGAGAGGAGCAGCGCCAAUGACUGAUGUAAUGAGGGAAUCUUCAUUAGCAUUACCAAGGGCUUAGUUAGGCAGGAUCAGGAGCUUGUCUCCACACUCCCAUGCUGUUGUUUUUCUACCCCAUGUCAGGCACUCUGCCUCCACUCCUGCGGCCUGAAGUUGGCUCUGCCUGGUCAUUUCCUUAGGCCAGGAUUAGCAGCUGCAUCCCAGGCCCAGGGGAGCAGGGACAGGCUCAGGCAAGAGCAGGCAUCACUCCACUCAGCCACAGAUUUUUCUGCCAGCAUUCCAACAGCCCCUUUCCAAAGCUUUUCCCUAUUUGAGACAGAACCACAAACUCAGACACCAUUUGCUGGCAUCAUCAUUCAGGUGAUUAAAUACCUGUGUUUUUUUGUUAGCUCUCUCCCAGUUAGGCAGAAAUGCUUUCAGUAUUUUAAGCAUCCUAAGUCAGUCUGUUCCCAUCUCAAGCACCUAGGUAGACUGGCAGCCAAUACUAUCUAAGCAUCAUCGACUUUAUGAUUGCUCAUAGAAAUGAUUGUUUCAAGCUUAUUUAGUCUUAACAGUUUGAAUGUGGGAAGAUUUUGGAGGAGGAGGAGUGACAUUGUAAAUAUCUCUGACAAACAUUGCUGCAUCACACACAAAAAAAAAAGGGGAGAUACUUAUAAAACUGCCUUAAAAAUCAAUUCCGAAUGAUGAAUCUCCCUCCAAACAAUUGCCGCUUGACAGAGCAAGGAAUGAGUCACUUUGGGUGAAUUCUGGCAAGAAGUGGUUGGAAUCUAGUCCGGUUUCAGGAGCGAAAGUGUAAUUUAGGAGCUGAUCUCUCACUCAGUCUGAAUUCACAUCAGCACCAAGGACUGAGCACUGCAGGAUCCAAAGGGUUUAAGGUCCGGGGGUACUGCCUGUGCAUGGCUUGGGUCUGGCCCAGCAGGUACUGCGUACCAGUGUCUCCCAGUGACUUCAGGGAAGAUGGGGUUCCUCAGCACCUCUUAAGUUCAGGCCCUGGAGCACCAUUCCCUGCUCUGAACAUCAGCUAUAAAUGUUGAUAAAUAUAAGUGUUUUGCCUUCAUUUGAAUUGCCCAGAGCUGUAAAAUGACCUCUCUCAAGUAUAAAUCAGUCCAGAUAUAAACCUCCUCUCCCACUCUUCCCUACGCUCCCUGCCCACCUUCCCAGCCCUCCCUUGCACCUCCACCCAAGCCCUUCCCUGUCUCAAUUCUUUACCUCCUUCCACACUUUUAUAUCUAGUUUUCAUGAACCCACAGAAAUGCUUUUGUAAAUACUGCUGUACAGUUUGUAACCGUCAUGUAAGCCUGUCAUCAGUGCCAGAGUCCGUCUUGCCCUCUCGCACGUUUUAAAAUCAACAGAGGAAAGUUAGAGCGAGUGGCCCGCCAGUGAGCUAUAGGGUCAACUCUGUGUGGGACAAAUGUAUAUUCCUGUAAGAUUGCAUUUUUAUCUAAGGAAUGAUGUUAUUUUAAAAUUGCUAAUAAAUUUCUAAACAAUG